UCCCCCCACCCCCCUUCCUGUCCCUUACCGCUGACAAUUUCGCGCCCGCACUACGGCGGGUAAACUGAAAAUGUAUUUCACGGAGGAAACAUAACUUACUGCGAAAAAAUAUUUAUGUAAUGACUCCAAAUUCAGCUACCAACCUUGAAAUGUCCGUAGAUAUAUCCUUAAACCCCAUAGAAGUACUUUGAUGGAAAUGCCAUCCGUUAAAAAGGAUAAAUACGCCGAUGGCACGCGUUCCAUUGUCGCUAUGCUGGAUCUAUCAAAUCGUGGCCUGCGUAAGAUUGAGCCUUUGCCUGAGGGGCUUUCGCCGCAAACCCUCUUAUACAAUAACAAUGAGAUCUCAAAACUUGAAAAUCUUCAGUUCUUUGCUCAUCUCCAGCAGCUUUCUCUAGCAAAUAAUCGUCUUGUGGAGAUGCGUGGAAUAUCGCAAGCUCAGGGCCUUAAGGUUUUAGACCUCAGCAAUAACAGCAUAAUGAACAUAGAAGGGCUCAGCCAUUUGAGAAGUCUGGAGUGGCUUAAUCUAUCAGGAAAUAGUAUAAAGAAAAUUGAGAACCUGGACAAGAACAUCAAUUUAUCACACUUGGAUCUAUCAGAUAACAGUGUGUCCUCCUUGUCUGAUCUCACUUUCCUAGAAAAUCUGAAGACUCUACUUCUUCAUGGUAACCUCAUCCCUUCACUCCGCCCGGUCCCUGAAGUCCUCCCCAAGAGCAUCAUCACCCUAUCAUUAGCUGAGAAUGAGUUGAAAGAUCUCACAGAGAUAAGUUUCCUGUCUUUUUUACCUGCCCUGGAACAGCUGUCAAUCAAUUCUAACCCCUGCGUCAUAUCCCACUCGAAUACACUAGAAUUUGACUACCGCUCAUACAUCGCAUGCUAUUGUGCGCGACUUCAUAAUCUCGACGGAACAUUGAUUUCCAGUACAGAAAGGAGUGUGGCAAGUAGCUUGCAAAAGAGUGGGGCUCUGAGGUCCUUCUCCCCAGGUCGACACCUUCAAUUAAUAACUUAUCUGAGUGGAAUCUCACCACCAGUCGUCCAGGCUGAGGGAAGUAGGAGUGUUGCUCAAAACACCCAAGAUUCUGAAGAGUCUCCAACACCGGCCCGCAAUACUGAAGACCGCAUUGGAGUUUCUACUGACCAGAUGUGGUCUAUAAUGCGGGCUCACGAGGGCCAGUCUACAGCAGCACAAGACUUGACAAUACAGGAUGUGUCAGACUCAGAGUUGAGCGACCAAUUGGAGUCAGAGUCUACAUACCUGCCAAUUCCUGACUCACCUACCCCUCCACAGGCAGAGUGCAGACAGGACCCGCCUCGAAGAUCACGUGAACUCCUUGUAGAAGGUGCGUCUGCAUCUGUCCGUGAACCGAACACUUUGACUGACGAUAGCAGCACCGUGCAGAUAAUUACCAACACAGUGCUUUAUCCAAACACCCUGCCUGGUGGCAGCGGUGCGGUGCAGCCCGUAGCCAGCACAGAGCGUUAUCCAAACACCCUGCCUGGUGGCAGCGGUGCGGUGCAGCCCUUGACCAACACAGAGCGUUAUCCAAACACCCUGCCUGGUGGCAGCGGUGCGGUGCAGCCCGUGGCCAGCACAGAGCGUUAUCCAAACACCCUGCCUGGUGGCAGCGGUGCGGUGCAGCCCAUGACCAACACAGAGCGUUACUUGAACGGGGAAAACAUCCUGGAGAUCGAGAGAAGCCAAAGCUACCCUGAGGACGAGCCUGAUGACAUGAGCGAGCCCGACCCUCCCAUCAUGACUGAAGAGGAAGCCAUGCGUCUUAUCAGCCUUGCUGCCACUAUUAUUCAGGCGCGUGUCCGCGGCUUCCUGGUCAGACAGAGACUCCAUUUCCAGGAAUACAGGGCCAGGAAGAACGCGGCUGUGGUUAUUCAGGCUGCUUGGCGUGGUUAUCGUGCACGGAGCUAUGAUCUUCAUGUAAUCAAUGCACGAAAUGAGAUCAGGAGCAAUAGACAGACGGCUCACAUAAACCAUCUUGCCAUGUUGGUAAACAGAUACAAAGAUGAAGCGGCCAGUGACCGUAGCAAGGUAACAGAAGCCAUCAAAUGCAUGUGGCUCGCCCUCGAACAACAGAACGCGCUCAUUCAGAGCCUUCACUCACGCGAACGCAACAGGGCAGCGGUCACCAUACAGAGAAUGUGGCGGGGUUACCAAGCUAGAAAGGUUGUACCACGUGUGCAGAUGAGAACUGGAUACUCAGCCAUGGUCACCCUGUGUAAACAACUCCAACAGCAGAUGAAUGCACUUCAGGCCGAAGUAUCCCUCUUGAAAACUGGCAAACAUCCUGAUAAACAAACAGAGCCAUGCUCUCGAACAUGGGAUAUUCCGGAGAUAAGGGUUACCCGACCAUCGAUUGGGACAAUUCCGGAGAUUCGAGUGAUCAGUGCGUCAAUCGAUAAUAACUCGGAGGGUGUCACUGACAUGGAUGAUACCGUGGAAAUCGAGCCGUUAGACCUCGGGAAGUAUUCGGAAAUUCCCGACGUCUCAGUACCAGAUGAUGAAAGCAAGGAAUGUCAACCAGUGAAGAGAGAAGAAAGUGGAGAGAAAAGCACGAGCACCCAGUCGGGCUCAGAAUUUAUUGGUUCUAUGAGUGAAGGUAAUGUUGACUUCGAGGUCGACACAAGUAGUGCUAAUAUUGCGGAGCAAACUGCUUCGGUAGAGGUGACUGAUACUAUGGGCAGUAUGGUUGGUGGAGCAUGCAGCGAUAUUUUUGUUAAGACUGAUGACCAAAAGGUUACUGGACUACAGAAGAAGGAUGAAAUUGGAAGCGAACUGGACCAUUGUGAAUUAUCUAGUAAAAGCUCGCAGCCUGAAAGCGAGCAGGUUAGGAAAAGUAAGACUCAUAACGAACAUGUUAGCCAUGCGCCUGACGGGUUGGAUACACAGGAAACAGUUGGUUCAAAAGAUGAGGAUUCUAUAACUGAACGUAAAAAGACUGACCAGAAAGAAGGAAAUUCAGAAAGUAGUGUACGUGAUUUCGAAGGGGUUCCGAUUAGUUCCGAGCUUGCACGAGAAAGACCGAGGACAGUCGGAGCCGACGCAGGAGAAUCUGUUCUACGUAACGGAAAAGGGUGUUCUUAUAGCAGAGGUACGGUAGAAAGGAAUUCCGAUGCGGAUAAAAAAACUAAACCCUGCUUACCCAGACUUACUUUUUCAAGCCCUCUGCCGUUUACAAGUGCUACUACAGAGCUAAGCGACAACGACACCGGCGACAUCCACACAGAGGCAACGAGCGAGGCUUCCCACGAAGCAGCAGGACAGGAAAAGGGAACCCUGGAGUCUAGUAGUAGAAGAGAUACCAGCAAUCAAGAACACUCGACACCCGAGCAACCAGACCAUCAAAACCAAGAACAAGCAGAAGGAUUUGGACAGAAAAAAAGAUCCGAUGAGUUGAGUGGUAAUGGGGACAACAACGAUCAAGGAUACUCGACAACUGGGCAACCAGACAGUCAAAACCAAGAACAAGCAGUGAAUUCAGUCCGCGUUGAACCAACACCCCAAGACAAAGGGCAGUCUGAACCCAUACACGCGGAGAAACUGCAAGAUAAGGUAACUGGACACCAAUCAGAUCCUGAUUCCGGACAAUCAGAGACCCCGGCCCCAGAGUCCCCAACUUCACCAACAAAACCCAAGAAGAAGAAAAUCUUACUAAGAAGUACUUCCGCUGACCAGGUACCGCGCAUGCGCAAGCUUCAGUCCACCAUGUCCAUGGACUCCUCGCAGCUGAGCUCGUCCUUGAAUUUCUCCUCAAGGCUUGGUCACCGUGCGGCCAUGAUGCUCUCCGAACUGCGGUCCGAGAUAGCAAGCCUGACGGCGAGGCAACUCCCGGAUGUCGACCUGCCAGAAUUCAGGAAGGAAAUCAGUGGAGAGGGGGGCAGCGCGUCGAAAAGGAUCACGGGAGGGAUCUCGGAGGCUCCUUUAGAGGAAGAAGCUGAAAGUGGCGGGGUGCGUACAGGAUCAUCAAAUGCUGGGGAGACGAAAUUUGAGGUAACUGAUGAUGCUGAUGACAAAGGUAAAUCAGUUGGCAAUAUUGAUGGUGAUGAUGUUCCCAGGAGACACCCAACUGACGAGAAUCAUAGUGGUGAUGAUGAUGAUGCCCUCAAAAUUAGCACUGGUGACUCCAUCCUCCCAGCUGGGAUGUAUGAGAACAGACCGAGUGAGCCUCCUUUUCCGCUAGAAUCCGGCGAGAGUAGUAGCUCCUGCGAGGUGUUCCCGAGUAGAGGGACGUCCAACGAGGCAUUAAACAACAUGCAACCCCCAAAGAGAUUCCCGCUUACUCUGGCCACUUGGAAGGACAGGGGCAGAAAGGGCGAUGACGUAGGCGACGACGGUGGGUAUAGAAAGGGCGCCUAUGAAGGCGGUAACCAAAGGCAUGUAGAAGGCGCUGAUAGGGAAGAAGAGCAAGGCAUUACCGAAGCUGAGACUUCAAACCUCGCCAAUUCAAGAGCAGACCGUACCCCACAGGAUAUCACCCCGACCGCAAACGCGGCAUUCUUCCCUCCAGAAGCUCUGGCUCUUACCUCCACACCGUUGAAACCAAGGACUGAAAAUAAAUCUGUUCGCCCUUCUUCUGAAUCCCAUCAGGGAAGCGCUGGGUCGGAAGGGUACGCCUCUCCCACUGAGCAGGGUGUCAGCGCCGGAGCUGCAGGGGUUAGCCGUAUAACGAGUAACCAGCAACGAUCGUUUACGAUGCCUGUGUUCGAGGACAUCGAGAGGAAGUCAUUUUCAAUGGAAGAUUUUAUGGAGGACAGUCUUGAAGAUUAGUAAAAAUUGGAAGUCA